GCGGCAUAAACUCAAAUGUUGAUUGCUCUCAACCGUUUUUAAGUUUCUGGUCGAAAAAUCUAUUGAAAAUUGUGCUGUUUAUUAGUAGAUUCGUGACCAUUUGAGUGCUUAGUGUUAAGAAAGCGUGAAACAGAAUGUCUUCGUACAUAAAUGAUUUCAAUAACAACAUCCAAUCCUACUUUAUCAGUAGCACCUAUGGCAAUGAAACUUUAGUGACGAAUAGUUUGAAUCACCUUGCAUUGGUUACCGAUCAGCGGGUUUUCGAUGUGUCCGUGUACGGGAACAACGCAUUUUUUGUCAACCUCCACAAGCUGAUGAGCACUGGAACGAAAAAGAUGUCCCUGCUGUGGUCGGCUGUGUCGGUGCUGGAAGCGGCUACCCGGUGUGAGGAAACUCGAAAGGCCCUGGUUGAGAAGUUUCACUACCUGCCGGUGUUAACAAAAAUGCUAGAGGAGACCCACAACGGGGAACAGCAGCAGCGAUUGCUUGCCCUUGUCGAACUGCUGACACACGGCGUUCAGCUGGAAAGUCACGAGCCUUACAUCGAAACCCUAAUGCUGAAGCUGCUCGCGUUGAUGGAACAAAACCACGGCCACAAGGAUAAGACCGAGCUCGUCACGUUGGCUCUCUCGAUUCUGGUGAAUCUCUGCUACAUGAAUCUUCCUAUGACCUAUCUCCUGACUAAAAAUAUUAGCAUUUCGUCGUUUUGCGGAAGGAUUAAGCAAUUUGGACUGGUAGCGUGUAAGAUGUACAUUAUUUUAGAGAAAAAUGAUUAUCUGAAAGAGAUGGACUUGCAUUAUUUGCUGAAGAUGAGCUUCAAAGAGGUGCGGAAUGUUUUAGCUUCUGGGAAUAGCUUUGUUCUUCGCCAUGUUGUAGAUUAUCUGCAGUACAUUCUUCGGUACAACAGCAGAAAUAACUCAUCGAAGGAAAACCAGCAAAACACCGUUAACAUUGAGGAUGAUUUCUUCCGAAAAAAUCUAAAAGAGUUUUUGGAGGACAUUGACAGGCAUGCCAGUGACAAAACGAAAGAAUCGGGAUUUGUUGGCGCAAGGAAAAAACGAAAAGAUACCAACGAUGAUAAAACAAUGGGUUCGGUAUCGGAGCUAGCAGCGAUCGAUGAUUGCAUGGAUGUUUUGUUCGAGAUUUUAGAAUGCAUCGUGGCUCUGGAACCAAUUAGUGAAACCUAUUUAAAUUCAAUGGUUUGCUUGGCAGCUAAAUGGAUUCAAUCGAAGCAAAGUUGUGCCAAAGCGGUUGAUUUACUUAGAGUUAUUUUGGACACCACCUCGCAGGGUAGGGAAACGACGGAGAGCAUGCCGAAGUUUGUCGAUUCCUGUCAGAAUCUGCUUGUUGAUUUGCUGUCGAUAGUUAAAGAUAAUGAUGAUAAGAGAUUACUCGUUUCUCUUUGCCAAUUGCUUACAACGAUAGUGAAGGUACAAAACACUGUACAUUCAGACCUUGAUCACAUGGUCGAGCCAUUUUUUCGGCAGUUGUUUGGCCAGUUUCUGGAACCCAAUCACUCGUUUGAUUAUUCCCUACCAGAUAGUGAAAUUCGAGUGUAUCUCUGGGCGUUGCACACGUUCAAUGAGUUCGCGAAUGUUGCCCCGACACUAUGGUUUGCGAAAGUGAACAAUCUGUUAAACCAAAAGCCGCUCCAUUUUCUGAUUGCUAAAGGGCUGACAUUGGGUUGCUUGGAACUUACCGAAGCUAUGUUGCAUGUCGCAGCUUCGGCAGAUUUCCCCCGACGGGAGGUUUCCCGGAUGGUCUGCAUGUUGGCGACAAGUUGGAAUGGAAAUAAUCAGUCUGCUGAGAGGAGAACACUGACAGACUCACCACCGUGUGCUAACUCGGCAGUCCUUAGUCGGGAUCUGCUUGAGAGAAUGAAUCAAACUGUUUCGCAUAUCCAGGAUGUCACUGCUGCGGGACACAUCAAUGACGUGACGAAGGUCGAAUUGAUCGAAUUCUAUCAGUUAAAGAUUAACAUGGAAACUCAGUUGAUGAAGGAUUUGCGCGUGAGCUUAGCAGGAAUGUCGACACAGAUCAGCAAUUUUAUGCAUCAGAAUCAACUUCUGACAGCGGAAAUCGACAAGGUGCAGAGAAAAAACUUGCCCCUCGUGUUGAAAGUUUCUGCGCAAGAAUCGGAGAAUGAAUCACUGGAGAAGGAAUUAAACCACAUGCGAUGUGCUACAGCUUCGUACGAUAAAAAAAUCAAUCAAAUGAAGCUGGAGUUGUCCGAGUACAUUAAGAAAGCCAGUGAAAAGACACAGCAGUGCGCAGCUCUGGCUAAGGAGGUUGAGGCCUGUCGAGCGCGGAACGACAACUACGAGAAGGAAAAUAAACGGUUGCAGCAUGACCUGGUAGAAAUGACCAAAAACCGUGAUGACUCCCGUAAGCUGCUUAAGAUUGCCGAAGAGGAGCGACAGAAGCUAGCCGAGCAGAAGAGCACCGACCGAAAGUUGUUCGAAACCAAGAUUCGCGAGAGGGAGCGCGAAAUUUCCAAACACACCGUCCUCAUUAGCCAGCUUGAGCAGCAACUUUCGGCUCGAGAUAGCAAGCUUGAAAAGCAGGAGGAGGAGACAAAAGAACUGCUCGCGCAGAUUGCUGACAAAGAUGAACGGAUUGAACAGAUCGAGGCGGAGCUUAGGGAGAGUAAAAACCUACAGGAAGCGAUUUGCAGUCUGAUGAACAAGAAAGCGAAGAAAUGAUUGUUGUUGGCUGAUAACUGGAAAGCGGCCGGAUGGGACAAUAAAUUUUAUCUUUUAGCUGAUUUGAAGUGUAUUUGUAAGUGCUCAUGAAGCGUAUAAAUUGUUUUAGCUUUUUCGAAUUGUAUCACAUACUGGACUAGAUUGCAGCUUCACUAAUCAAUAAGAAAAAGUAGGACUUUCAUUUUUACCUUCAAAUUUAGGAAAAAGCAUGGCAUUUCGGAUUGUUUAUUCCCAGAGUAAUUUUUUUAAAUUGUUUGAUCUAAUGCUAAAAAAGUACGAUACUAAAACGAUAGAUUCGAUCGCAAUCACGUCGAAGAUGAAGUUCUUACAAACUCAUUUACACGAAUAUUGGCUCGUUGGAUUCCCUCUAAUUGUGUACUCGAGAAUGGAUUGACUCGAUUGUAUAACAAUUCCUCGAAAACUAUUCCCCAGAAAA